GUUGUAUCUCUACCUACGUACCUCAGGUACCCAGUAGCAGUAAACUUUAUCAUGUACUCCCUUCCGACUAAGACCAUAGAGAAUAUCGAUAUGUAUCCGUCGUACAUUCAUCUUGUACCGAGUGCGAAGAUUCUCCUAAAAAAAGUCAGUCUGGCCUCAACUUCUGAGUGAAGUCAGGAGUCCUGUUGGUCCCAUUAAAGGGUUGUUGGUGUUGGUGUUGAAUUUCUGCCCCACGUAGAUGUGGAUUCCCUUGUGACAGCUGGAAACCGGCCGACCUACAACAACUUCCAAGCCAGUAUGGAGUGUCCCGCAGCAUUGUUCUAGUCGGGGUAUAGAGAAAUGAGAUGGAUAUUGGUCUUGGUUAAGUAUACCUAGAACACUCUUGUCAAUAAUCUUGGCUUAUUGUCUAGGGAGUAGCUAAGCUUGCCCAGCAGUACGAAGGGCUGGUUGCACUCUAGCAAAACUAGGAAUUGAAGAUAGAACUUCCGGCAAUCUGAUAUGAGGGAACUGUCAAGGGUUCGUGUCUCAAGUCUAUUUCCUACAUAUUGGUUCAAGAACAAGUUAUCCGCCUUCCAUUUGAUCGAGAUCGACAAAGCCCCUGUCUGCUCAAUUUCAUUGCAUUGCAUGCGUUCAAUGUUCAUUCGAAUUGCAGAUGAACUACCACCAGUACAUAUGAAGUCGACAAUCAGCCAGAUCAAGUCAGCAUCUCAAGCUAAGCUCUCAGCUUCUGUAUAAUUCAACGGCAAUAUCAGAAGUAUCUUUACCUCCUCCAUAAAUCCAUACACGCAACAAAUCACAGUGACGAGUUUUCGAUAUGGUGGAGAAUGUGUGUUUGGAACUUUGGUACUGUACAACUGGCGGUUUUGAUUAUUCGAUGAAGGAGUUGACAGGAUGCCAGCACCUACGUUUUUCCGUCCCAUUUCAGAAAGAAUGGGUGACGAACGGUUAUCUCUGCCUACCUCGUGGUAAGCAAGGAUUAAAUAUUAUGACCAAUCGGGGUCGACUGUUGAUGGAAAUUUUCAUAGAACCUACGGAGUAAUUGAUAGGAGGACCCAGAAGGAAACGAGGGCGGCUGCAUAUUAACCUUACAACAAACCUCAUUUGAUGGAUGUGAAGAAAGCCAUAUGAAUGUCCUAGGUUAUCUAUCACAGAUGCAUCCUUUCUUAGCUAGACUCUUACUUGGUACUUACGGAAUGCCCAGAACUUCUACUUGCAUUGCCCCUCUGGAUUCUCUCUACUCCGUAACGUUUUUGAGGCGCAUCCUUGCGGAAAUCUUUUAGCAAAUAUGAGGGUUCAAGAAGACGGGAUGAACACCGAUCGU